GGCGGCGCGGAGACGGGCGCGGGCGGCGGGACGGGCGGGCGCACGGACCAUGGCCUCCAAGUGCCCCAAGUGCGACAAGACCGUGUACUUCGCGGAGAAGGUGAGCUCCCUGGGCAAGGACUGGCACAAGUUCUGUCUCAAGUGUGAGCGCUGCAACAAGACGCUGACUCCGGGGGGCCAUGCGGAGCACGACGGGAAGCCGUUCUGCCACAAGCCCUGCUACGCCACGCUGUUUGGACCCAAAGGUGUGAACAUCGGGGGUGCCGGCUCCUACAUCUACGACAAGCCCUCUGCCGAGGGGCCGCAGGUCACCGGCCCCAUGGAGGUGCCUGUGGUCCGGGCUGAGGAGCGCAAGGCGAGCGGUCCGCCCAAGGGGCCCAGCAAAGCCUCCAGCGUCACCACGUUCACGGGGGAGCCCAACAUGUGUCCUCGCUGUAACAAAAGGGUCUACUUUGCCGAGAAGGUGACGUCCCUGGGCAAGGACUGGCACCGCCCGUGCCUGCGCUGUGAGCGCUGUGGGAAGACGCUUACUCCAGGCGGGCACGCGGAGCACGACGGCCAGCCCUACUGCCACAAGCCCUGCUACGGGAUACUGUUUGGACCCAAGGGAGUGAACACUGGAGCCGUGGGCAGCUACAUCUACGACAGAGACCCCGAGGGCAAAGCUCAGCCCUAGGGCGAGGGCCCGUCCGCCUCCCGCCAGCCUGCUCCGGAGCCCGCUGCUCGGCCCGGGGGCAGCCGCUACCCAGUCCGGCCCGGCGCGUCCUGCCUGCAGGCCCAGGGCCCGGUGCCGCGGGUGGCGGCCUGCCCGCCCACGCCUGUUGCUCUGGCCGCCCCUUGCCCUCUUGUGUCCUCAUGGUCUGUGCCCCUCCUCUGUGUGUCUCGUGUCCCUGCGUGUCCCUGUGUGCCCGUGGCCCCGGUGGGUCUCCCUGGGGUGGCCACCCCACACUCCCCCUCUCGCGGCCCCAGGCCUGCCCCACAGUAUUACUUCUGCUUCCCUUGCCAGUGACGGCCACAGCCACGCUCUUCACGGUGUUCCCAGGGGGGCACCGAGGGCGUCCCUGCCAGGAGCCCUCCGCCCACCUCCCGCACCGCCUUGCAAGCGCUUGUCUGACACGCGGCUCACACUUACCGCUGAGAUUUGCUGUCAAUAAAAGGUUUGAGGAUCGGGGGA